AGAAGUGCGGAAGUGGUUUCUAACCCGCUGCACUGUUAGCAAAAGCUGCUGUUCCUAGACAGCAUAACAGCUAGCUUACGGCACAUAUGGAGGAAUGGCGCUCUCAAACAGAAAGCCACACUGAAGUAUCGUCUGUGUAACGUCGAGGAGCUCCUCAAAUGUCUUGAACAUGGCGAAGGUUGUUCGGACGACAGCUUUAAUUUUCUACCUCUGGAGUGUUUUCAUGCAGUGUAGUCGCCUGUCAGGUCUUGGGAUCAAUGAACUGCUUUAUUUCCGGGUCAUCAGUCCAGAAGACAUAGGGUACAUCUUCAGUGCAGCACCUGCUAAAGACUUUGGAGGAGAUUUUACAUCAUCAUAUGAUGAGAUUUUCCUCGUGCCAGCAGACCCAGCAGAUGGAUGCUCAGACCUGGAGGACAGAGACAUCAUCCAGGGACAAGUAGUCCUGGUGGAAAGAGGAGGUUGCUCCUUUGUACAAAAGGCUCAACAUGUGGAGGAAGCUGGAGGCAAAGCUGUUCUGAUUGCUGAUAAUGCAGUGGACAAUGACAGUCAGUACCUUGAUAUGAUCACUGAUGGAAGCACUGCCAAACCAAGCAUUCCUGCUCUCUUCUUGCUGGGACGUGACGGGAUGAUGAUCAGACGAUCUCUUCAGAGACAAGCACUGCCGUGGGCUGUCAUUUCCAUUCCUGUCAAUGUUUCCUCUUUGGCCUCGUUCCCACUCAAGCAGCCACCCUGGACACUGUGGUAGAAAUGACGCGCACAUCCACAACACAAUGCACUUCCUCACCCAAUAAACACUCUUUCAUCAGUGCAUUUCCGGUCAGCCGUGAAUAAACCUACAGGGAAUUUCUUCAGUGGUGGUUAAGCAAAUUUGCAGCCAAUAGUUGAUAACCAGUAAAAUGAACACAUGAUUACAUCACUCUUAGACACAGUUGCUUCACAAGCCUUCGUGUUUAAGUGGACUCUUUGCAGAGGACAGACAAACUCAGUAGGAAAUAUGCGUGCUAAUUCUCAGUCCAUUUGAAUAGUCAGGAACUUCUGUACAGAUGAUCAGUGGGGAAACAGUAAAAUUGGAUAUUCAUUAUUACAACAGAUACAGAUAAAAGUGCACUAUUACCUUUGCCUUGUUAAAUAGUACAAGCUGUUUGAGGAGGAAAAACAGGCCCUGAUAGCAAAUGGUAAACUACACCACAGUACAUCAUACCAGGAAUGUCAUCUCAUUGUAAAACUGAUCAUAAAUUCCAUUUCAUUUGCAUGACCUUGAACAGAGUGGCACUCUGACCAGAAUGAACAUUGUUUCUCUGAUGGUUAAUAAAUGGAACUUGAAU